AUGUUAGAAGAUGUACAGAAACUUAAGAACCCCUUAUUUCUACGUAUUGCAGCAGCAGGCCUCCGUCAUCAGUUGCAGCUGCAGUCGUCUAUAUCAUUGCUCGACUUUCUUAUGAGAGAAGAAGCUGCUCAAAGAUAUAACGAAGUUCACGAAAAUACGAUAAAGGAAACAUACAAGGACUUGUACCCACAUCUGUCAAGGAUUAUACCCAAGAGGUUUGUGAACGCUUGGGACCUGAAAAAGCUUCACAGUCCCUAG